GAUUGCAUUUUUGAUUUUAUCACUCGUCACUGUGCUACGAAUCAAUUCAGUUGGAGUUUGUGCUGAAGGACUCGUAUCAAAAUGAAAGCUGCUUAUCUUGUACUUUUGGUGUUCGGACUUGCUGCUGCAAAACCCUACGAAUCUCUGGAUCAGGAAAAUGAAAAUCUGAUUUCGGAAUUCGUUGACAAGAUUGUGAAAGAUGCUGAUCCUUCUGAGGGACCAUCCGACGGACCAACAGACCGACAAACAGACGGACCAACAGACGACUAUGGACCAACAGGCAGACCAACAGACGACUAUGGACCAACAGGCAGACCAACAUACGGACCAACAGACGACUAUGGACCAACUGGAGGUCCCACAGACAAACCAAUGAAGGACUUCUGGGAUAAAUUCGCGCAUUUCUUAUUUGUCAAGUCUGUCCAGGGAGUUAAACCAGAUGAACACCCAGACCUUAAAUAUAAGGAGCCACUGGGAAAACUUGUUGAUCAGCUUUUGGWCGUCAAAAAGGAGGUUGUKAAAGCAUUAAAACCAAUUGUGCAAAUUGCRAARYUAAUGAGACAGGACCAAGAAGAAAUGGGAAAGAGAGUCUACGAAGCCGCUAAAAACAACGAUAUUGAAAAGGCAAAGCACAUCGCUGGAGAGUACUUCAUCGCAAUUCAACGUCGUUUUGCCAUGUUCGUCGUUCAUGCUACGCAAAAAGGUUUAUUUGACAAUAUUGACGAGGAAAAGAAAGAAAUUGAGAACUUGAAGAGGGAAUACAAGGAACAUGCCGACAAGCAUGUAGAGAUGGUCAAAUUCAUUCUGAAAAAUUUCAACCAAUUCCGUGUUAGUGACGGUCUUUUGGAUGCACCAUUUGUCAGAUUGGGUGUCAGGACCGCUCAAGUGUUCGGAGCAGCCGGUAUGCAAGGAGCUAAGGUCUUCAAAGUUUCAACGCAAGUUUACAUGGACAUCAUUUCUAAACUGGUUUGGCUGAGUAUGGAGAAGAAUAAUCACGACGCAGCCGUUCGCGCAGCUGGUGCCAGUCUCCUCUCGUUCACUCGCMGAGGAACAAAGGUUGGUAUCGCCCUCCACAGAAUGUACGGACCCAAGAAAUGUUAUGGACCAAAACCAAACAAGGGACGUAAAAACAUGCGCAAAGACGACGAAGACGAUCUUGACUAUUGAUAAGGUCUACGUUUUAAAGGCAAAACUACUGGGAAACUUAAUAUUACUGAUUUGGCUGACAUGAUUCACAAUACUCGUAACUUAAAAUACAAUUGUCAUAAAACAAAAAAAAUUGUACAUUCUGUACGAAAUGAUUACUGAAACAGUUACUAGAUUGAGUUCCCAGGCUAGUCUGGUAACAGUGUAAAAUAGCAAUGAAAUUAUAAAAAGCAUUUGAGCACAA